CAUAAACGUGAAAGAACAUGGCAGCCGCGUGAAGCGCAACCCGGAAGUGAUGUACAUGACAGGAAGUUCCGGGAUCCCGGAAGUGAGUUCUUCGCAACAGUCCAGCCAUGGAUGAACGUUAUUAUACAAUUACUAAGGAGCAGACUGCCGUGAAAGCAAAGUACCCGGCUGUCAACAAGAAGCAUGAAUAUUUGGAUCACACUGCAGAUGUUCAGUUACACGCAUGGGGAGAUACUUUAGAAGAAGCUUUUGAGCAAUGUGCUAUGGCAAUGUUUGGAUAUAUGACCGACAUUGAGACUGUAGAACCCAUAGACACAGUAGAGGUGGAAAUUGAAGGGGGAGACCUGAUUUCACUUCUUUACAAUUUUCUGGAUGCGUGGCUAUAUAAAUUUAGUGCCGACCAGUACUUUGUUCCCCGGGAGGUAAAGGUGCUGCACAUAGAUCGUAUGAGUUUUAAAAUCCGUUCUAUUGGGUGGGGGGAAGAGUUCAAUUUGUCCAAACACCCCCAGGGUACUGAGGUGAAGGCUAUUACAUAUUCAGCCAUGCAGAUCUGUGAAGAUGACAAGCCUGAAGUUUUUGUCAUCAUUGAUAUUUAACUUGUGGAUCAUUACAUUUAAAGCAAAAUUCCAGGGGGUGGGGAUUUCUGACUAUUUUUUGCUGUGCACAAAUCUCAAAAGAUGGUUAUUUUAGGCCCAGAUGACUGCUGUAGAAGGUAAAAAAAAUAUUUAUUUAAUUCUCACCAGCUAUUGCUAUCGGCACAAAACUUCUGAUGUUUCGACUUUGGUACAGUAAAGAGCUUGUGUAGUUUACCUUCCCUUUUCUCUCUACUUGUCUAUUCACAAAACGCCUUGCUUUUUGUUCAGAAUACAAAAUGUUUUGUGAAAGGAGAGGUAAAUGACAGGAUGCCCUCACUGUGCGAAGAACUGUGACUCUCGGCAGCAGCACAAGAAGUUUAGUGCUCACAGUAGUAUCUGGCUUAAAUGAAAUCGUUUUUAUUUUUCCUUGGAGUUCUGCUUUAAAGUGAAGCUUUGAGAGCUCACAAAUAAAGACUUAUAAAAUCCAAAGAAAAAACGUAAGAAAAGUGUUUCAAUGUUCUCGGUAAUUGGCUGCUUCCUGAAGGCUCCAGUCAUGUCAACGUUUUCACUGCUUCCUCCUAGAAAAUCUAAGGCCCAGAUUCACGUAGAAUCCCGGCGGCG